AUGAGUGUGUCGCUGUCUUCUGCUGGAGCAGCUGCGGCUGCAGUUUUGGACUCUCACACGUACCUGAGCACGAGCAGCAACUCAUCGCCGGCGCGCACCUCUCCAACGAACUCAGUGCACUCGAGUCUGGUCAAUCUGAACCACAAGAUAUCAGGCAUUCCAUGCGUGGCGGCCGCAUCUCGCUACACCGCACCCGUGCACAUCGACGUGGGCGGCUCUAUUUACACAUCCUCUCUAGAGACACUGACCAAGCACCCAGACAGUCGCUUGGCUCGCAUGUUCAAUGGCUCCAUUCCUAUUGUGCUGGACAGCCUAAAGCAGCAUUACUUUAUCGAUCGCGAUGGCAAAAUGUUUCGCCAUAUACUCAAUUUCUUGCGGACAAACACUCUGGCCAUACCUGAAAAUUUUGACGAACUAGACCUCUUCUACGAAGAAGCCAAAUAUUACGACAUUCAACCGCUUAUCAGGUUACUUGAACAAUCACGAGAGGAUCGAGGCCAAAAUUACGAUUUUGGACAAAUGGGCGAUGACCGAAAACCCACUAUUGAUGGAAAGCUGGGUUUCAGUCUAAAUGCCCGGAUGAAUCGCCACACACUUGCAAACAACCGCAUUGGAUCUCUAAAAGAUGACAACAUUGAAAAUGACAACUUUACCUUUCAAUGUUUGGCAGUAAACAUAUCACCGGAACUGGGCGAGCGAGUGUGCAUGAGUGGCGAACGGGCGCUGAUUGAGGAGAUCUUUCCUGAAAUUAGCCAGACGAUUAUGGACUCAAGCAAGGCAGCUGCAUGGAACCAAGACGCUAAGCAUGUCAUUCGAUUUCCGUUGAAUGGAUUCUGCAAACUGAACUCACUUCAAACCAUUUCACGACUGCUCAACCACGGAUUUCGAGUCAUGGCUUCUAAUGGAGGUGGUGUAGAAGGCCAACAGUUCUCUGAGUAUCUGAUGGUGCGAAAAAGCUCCCUAUGA